AUGGAGAAGUCAUCUAUGCCUUUCACCGUCCGGGUGCUUGAAAAUGCCGGCAAUCCCGCACCGACAGUACAACAGCCUCAAGACUUUGGCCAUCUCAUGCCGGCGACAAGCCGAGCAAAACACGAUCACAUAGUCGUGGCGGAAGCCGACGACAUCGACUUCCUGGAACGGGAACUCCUUGUACGGCGUCUGAACGACGUCCAGGACCUCCUCUGGAUCUGUGGUCGUCCGAUGCCGCCUCGGCCUCUUCAUUAUCAGGUGCUGACCUCACGCGAGAUCCAAAUCACGGAGAGCCCUGAACUUCAUCUCGUCUGGACCAAGAACCGAAUCUUCGUCAAGCCGAUUCCCCGGUGGCUUCUGAGCCCAGACUUCUGGGCCGUCCACCUGGCUGCUGAUGCCGACCAACAGCGCCAUCCGCGGAAGCAGCAGCUCGUCGCAUGUGCGCUCGGGUUCCUCUUCACUUACACCGCCUCAUCGCCCUACGAGAAAGGUCUUGUUCCGCCGGAGAUGAGCUGGGACCGAUGGAAGGCAUUAUCGGCCCAGAUCGUGCAGAACCAUUGCUAUGCGUCCGUCAACCCACGGUACUGGUACGGCGAGCUUCGUCUCAGCCGGCUGAACAAGAUUUAUCGCGUUCGUCUCGGAUAUGUGCUUCGAGGAUAUUCCAAAGUGGCCUCCCACGCGGUCUAUGAGGACCUGCUCCAGGAUAACUUUGCCACGCUGGCGGCGAUCCUCGGUUACGUUGUCAUCGUCCUGACGGCUAUGCAAGUUGGGUUGGCUACGGAUAGGCUCGUCGGCGACAGCGCGUUUCAGAAUGUCAGCUAUGGGUUCACAGUCUUCUCUAUAUUGGCACCGCUGGUUGCUUGCGUGGCCAUCUUUGGUGUUGUACUGGUCAUGUUCGUGAGCAGCUGGAUGGUGACCAAGGUGUAUGAGAGGAAGAGAUUCCAGGAAAUGGGCGUCGAGCCGUUUUGGAGAGAUCAGAAGAAAAACGGUCGCUACGAGCAGGUAGCGGCAAAGCAGAGUGUAUCGAAGUAG